AUGCCAUAUUGCUUGUUAAGCUUAAAAGGAAUCUUAGGAAUGCAAAAAAGAAGUAAACGAGAGAGGGAUAAAGAAAAGAUGCAUCUGAAAAUAAUUGUGUUUGAUCAUAUUAACUUAGAAAAGCUAAUCGUAAUGUUCCGCGUUUUACAGAUGAUAAAAUAA